UCUGUCAUGGUGGCAUCCAGUGCUCGAGCUGGUAUGAGCAAAGGCGAUGCUGAGCUUUUUGUCCUCUCGACAAGCGGGUUUGGAGGAUCCUCUCCGCUUUCGCAGAGCGGAGUCCACCCGGAGGAUAUUGUCAUUGGAGUUAAACAAAGACAGAGAUGUUGAAAGAAUCCAUAGUAGUGGAGUUAACACCCUUGACGUUGAACCUAUUGAAGGGAGAUACAUGUUAUCAGGUGGUUCAGAUGGUGUGAUUGUACUUUAUGACCUUGAGAACUCCAGCAGACAACCUUAUUACACAUGUAAAGCAGUGUGCUCCGUUGGCAGAAACCAUCCUGAUGUUCACAAAUACAGUGUGGAGACUGUUCAGUGGUAUCCUCACGACACUGGCAUGUUCACAUCCAGCUCAUUUGAUAAAACUCUGAAAGUGUGGGAUACAAAUACAUUACAAACUGCAGAUGUAUUUACUUUUGAAGAAACAGUUUAUAGCCAUCAUAUGUCUCCAGUCUCCACCAAGCACUGUUUGGUAGCAGGUUCGUUCGGCACUAAAGGACCCAAAGUACAACUUUGUGACUUAAAGUCUGGAUCCUGCUCUCACAUUUUACAGGGUAUUUUUUACUUUGAAACAGCUACUACUUUGAGUAAACCAUUCAAUAAAAAAAAAUUACUAACAGUGUAUUUUUUGUAAGUGACUGCUGUAUUUUGUGUUA